AUGAAGCCCGCCCUCGGAGGGGGCUCCCUGGCCUCGCUGUGGGCGCUCCUGUUCGUCGCCGCCGUGCUCGCCGUCUGGCCGACGAGCGGAGAAAUCUGCGGCCCGGGCAUCGACAUCCGCAACGACUUCCGGCAGCUGAAGCGCCUGGAGAACUGCACGGUGAUCGAGGGCUACCUGCACAUCCUGCUCAUCUCCAAGGGCGACGACUACCGCAGCUACCGCUUCCCCAAGCUCACGGUCAUCACCGAGUACCUGCUGCUGUUCCGCGUGGCCGGCCUGGAGAGCAUCGGCGACCUGUUCCCCAACCUCACGGUCAUCCGCGGCUGGAAGCUCUUCUACAACUACGCGCUGGUGGUCUUCGAGAUGGCCAGCCUGAAGGACCUGGGCCUGCGCAACCUGCGCAACAUCACGCGCGGCGCCGUGCGCAUCGAGAAGAACGCCGACCUGUGCUACGUGUCCACCGUGGACUGGUCCCUCGUCCUCGACUCCGCGUCCAACAACUACGUGGCGGGCAACAAGAACCCCAAGGAGUGCGGGGACGUGUGCCCCGGCGCCCUGGAGGGCACCUCCACCUGCAACCGCACCUCCAUCAACAACGAGUACAACUACCGCUGCUGGACCCAGGACCACUGCCAGAAAACCUGCCCGAGCGCGUGCGGGAAGCGGGCGUGCACGGACAACCACGAGUGCUGCCACGAGGAGUGCCUGGGCGGCUGCACGGCCCCGGACGACCAGGCGGCCUGCGUGGCCUGCAAGCACUACUACCACGAGGGCGUGUGCGUGGCCGAGUGCCCGCCGGACACCUACCGCUUCGAGGGCUGGCGCUGCGUGGAUCGCGAGUUCUGCGCCAACAUCCCCCUGGGCGAUGAGGAGGAUCUGGAGGAAGGCUUCGAGCUGGAGGGCUUCGUCCUGCACGACGGGGAGUGCAUGCAGGAGUGCCCGUCCGGCUUCAUCCGCAACGACAGCCUGAGCAUGUUCUGCGUCCCCUGCGAAGGGCCGUGCCCCAAGAUCUGCGAGGAGUACAAGGGCACCAAGACCAUCGACUCGGUGACCUCGGCUCAGAUGCUCCAGGGCUGCACCAUCUUCAAGGGCAACCUGCUCAUCAACAUCCGCAGGGGCAAUAACAUCGCCUCGGAACUGGAGAACUUCAUGGGGCUCAUCGAGGUGGUUACAGGCUACAUCAAGAUCCGCCACUCCCACGCACUGGUCUCCCUGUCCUUCUUCAAAAGCCUCCGCCAGGUCCUGGGAGAGGAACAGCUGGAGGGGAACUACUCCUUCUACGUCCUGGACAACCAGAACCUGCAGCAGCUGUGGGACUGGGACACCCACAACCUGACCCUCAAGUCCGGCAAGAUGUACUUCGCCUUCAACCCCAAGCUGUGCGUGUCCGAGAUCUACCGCAUGGAGGAGAUGACCGGGGCCCGGGGGCGCCAGGGCAAGGGCGACAUCAACACCCGCAACAACGGCGACAGGGCCUCCUGUGAGAGCGACCUGCUGCACUUCACCUCCACCAACACCUGGAAGAACCGCAUCAUCGUCACGUGGCACCGGUACCGCCCCCCAGACUACAGGGACCUCAUCAGCUUCACCGUCUACUACAAGGAGGCGCCCUACCAGAACGUGACCGAGUACGACGGCCAGGACGCCUGCGGCUCCAACAGCUGGAACAUGGUGGACGUGGACCUGCCCGCCAACAAGGACAUGGAGCCCGGCAUCCUCCUGCACGGCCUCAAGCCCUGGACGCAGUACGCCAUCUACGUGAAGGCCGUGACCCUGACCGUGGUGGAGAGCGACCACAUCCGUGGGGCCAAGAGCGACAUCCUGUACCUCCGCACCAACGCCUCAGUGCCUUCCAUCCCUCUGGACGUCAUCUCGGCCUCCAACUCGUCCUCCCAGCUGAUCGUCAAGUGGAACCCGCCCUCGCUGCCCAACGGGAACCUGAGCUACUACAUCGUGCGCUGGCAGCAGCAGCCGCAGGACGCCUACCUGUACCAGCACAACUACUGCUCCAAAGACAAGCUCCCCGUGCGGAAGUACACGGAAGGCACCUUCGACAUUGAGGAAGAGCUGUCGGAGAACCGCAAGUCCGAGUCCUGCAAACCCCCCAAGGGGCCCUGCUGCGCCUGCCCCAAAACCGAGGCCGAGAAGCAGCUGGAGAAGGAGGAGGCCGAGUACCGCAAGGUCUUCGAGAACUUCCUGCACAACUCCAUCUUCGUGCCCCGGCCCGACAGGAAGCGCCGGGACCUGGGGCAGGUCUCCAACACCACCCUCUCCGGCCGGGGCCGCAACAGCACGGUGACCGACCCCUUCAACUCCACCGAGUGGGUCGUGGAGGACGACACAGGCUGGGAGCACCCCUUCUUCGAGAGCCGCGUGGACAAGAAGGAGCGGACCGUCAUCUCCAACCUGAAGCCCUUCACCCUCUACCGCGUCGACAUCCACAGCUGCAACCACGAGGCCGACACGCUGGGCUGCAGCGCCUCCAACUUCGUCUUCGCCCGGACCAUGCCUGCAGAGGGAGCGGAUGACAUUCCUGGACCCAUCACCUGGGAGCAGAAGGCUGACUCCGUCAUCUUAAUGUGGCCGGAGCCCGAGAACCCCAACGGGCUGAUCCUCAUGUAUGAGGUCAAAUACGGGUCCCAGGAGGAGGACCAGCGGGAGUGCGUGUCCCGGCAGGACUAUCAGAAGUACGGAGGGGCCAAGCUACAGAAGCUCACCCCGGGGAACUACACGGCCCGCAUCCAGGCCACCUCCCUGUCCGGGAAUGGGUCCUGGACUGAGCCCAUCUUCUUCUUUGUCCAGGACAAAGCCUUGGACAACCACGCCCACCUGGUCAUCGCCCUGCCCAUCGCCAUCGUGCUGAUCGUCUUCGCGCUGGCCGUCACGCUGUACGUCAUCCACCGGAAGCGCAAUCGCAUGGGGAACGGAGUGCUGUACGCGUCUGUGAACCCGGAAUAUUUCAGCGCGGCCGACGUGUACGUGCCCGACGAGUGGGAGGUGGCCCGGGAUAAGAUCACCAUGAACCGGGAGCUGGGCCAGGGCUCCUUCGGCAUGGUGUACGAGGGCGUGGCCAAAGGCGUGGUCAAGGACGAGCCAGAGACCAGGGUGGCCAUCAAGACGGUCAACGAGGCGGCCACCAUGCGGGAGCGGAUCGAGUUCCUCAACGAGGCCUCGGUGAUGAAGGAGUUCAACUGUCACCACGUGGUGCGUCUGCUGGGCGUGGUGUCCCAGGGCCAGCCCACCCUGGUCAUCAUGGAGCUCAUGCCCCGGGGCGACCUCAAGAGUUACCUCCGGUCUCUGCGCCCGGAAAUCGAGCCCCUCCCCGUCCUCUCGCCGCCGACCCUCAGCAAGAUGAUCCAGAUGGCCGGGGAGAUCGCGGACGGCAUGGCGUACCUCAACGCCAACAAGUUCGUCCACAGGGACCUCGCUGCCCGCAACUGCAUGGUGGCUGAGGAUCUGACCGUCAAGAUCGGAGAUUUCGGCAUGACCCGCGAUAUCUACGAGACAGACUAUUACCGGAAGGGCGGGAAGGGCCUGCUGCCUGUGCGCUGGAUGUCCCCCGAGUCCCUCAAGGACGGCGUGUUCACCACCCACUCUGAUGUCUGGUCCUUCGGCGUUGUGCUCUGGGAGAUCGCCACGCUGGCCGAGCAGCCCUACCAGGGCCUGUCCAACGAGCAAGUCCUGCGCUUCGUCAUGGAGGGCGGCCUGCUGGACAAGCCCGACAACUGCCCGGACAUGCUGUUUGAGCUGAUGCAGGUGUGCUGGCACUUCAACCCCAAGAUGCGGCCCUCCUUCCUGGACAUCAUCGGCAGCAUCAAGGACGAGCUGGAGCCCGGCUUCAUGGAGGUGUCCUUCUACUACAGCGACGAGAACAAGCUGCCGGACACCGAGGAGCUUGACCUGGACCCCUCCAUGCUGGAGUGCGUGCCCCUCGACCCGUCGGCCUCCUGCGCCUCCCUGCCGCUGCCCGAGCGCCACUGCCACCACCACCACCACCACCACCACGACGGCCGGGAGCACUACUGCCCCCGCCACCACGAUGGCCGGGAGCGCUACUGCCCCCACCACCGCCACUACGAGCCGCCCCGCGAGCGCCAGCGCUACUGCCCGCACCGCCCCGACAUCCAGCCCGUCCCCGACGGCCUGGGCCAGCGCGUGCUCAUCUACCACCGCUCCAGCCUCGACGAGAGGCAGGCGUACGCGCAGAUGAACGGGGGGCGCAAGAACGAGAGGCCCGUGCCUCUCCCCCAGUCCUCCACCUGCUGA